CAUAUAAUCAUAAUUUACUAGAAAGGGAAGACGUUUGUGUUGUGAGUCUUAAUCCUCUAAAUUGUUAACAUUAAAGGAAUACACGAUGAAGAAAAAGUACGAAUUUAUAGAUAAACAAAGUUUGAAACUAGUGCUUGUUGGUGAUACUGGAGUUGGAAAGAGUAGUUUAGCAUCUCGUUUAUCAUCUAGACCAUUUCAAAAGGAAUAUAAACCCACAAUAUUCGAUAAUUUUGCUGCAACAAUAUCAGUUGAUGGUAUGCCUUACCACCUUAGUAUGUUUGACACGGCUGGAAAAGAAGACUUUGAUAAGUUAAGAGUAUUAUCGUAUAUCAACAGCGAUGUGUUCUUGGUCUGUUUCUCUGUUGCUAAUCCUGAUUCCUUCACGAACGUCCAGGACUGCUGGGUACCAGAACUACGCCAUUAUAUACCAGACACGCCAUUUAUACUUGUAGGAACACAAGUAGAUGUUAGACACGACAAAAUGGAACGAGGGGUUGUAAGGACAUCAUUUAUUUCAUCAAAACAAGGAAUGGACCUUGCCAAUAGGAUAGGUGCUGCUAGUUAUGUAGAGUGUUCAUCUUUAUCAGACGACGGGUUAGAAGCACUAAAGAGUGAUAUUAUAAUGGCAUCUCAAAUGGGAAUGGAGUCAAAGUGUUCUAAACAGCCUCAAUGUUGUUCAUGUAAAAUUAUAUGAACGAACUUUAUGCCAUGAAAGCUACCCAAGCUUUCAAAAUUUAUCUUUCCAAUCCAUUUGGUAGAAUGGCAGCGUAAUUUGACAUUACAACGUUACUGCCUCUGGGUGAACUGGUUGUGUUCAGGCGAUAAGCUACCGUGGCUUAUCAUAUAAGAACAGUGCUGUAUAAAACUACAGCAAUUAUUAUACAUGUAUGUGAACAGCCAGCAGUUCUCUAUUUGCUACUGUUAUUAUAUUUGCUAUUAAAUUGGCGUUGGUGCUAUAACUACAUUAUGUAGAAUAAUAAUCUUGGGUGCAUCAAAUGCAUGAGUGGACUUAGUCAGUAAAUGUCAUAAGAUUAUUAGGACGAUUUUGUGGUUAAUGAAUAUUCAUUGUGUGACACAGAGGUCACUCUAAAAAUGUCUCACUGUUUUCUUACUCAUUUAUAUUAUGACUGUGAUAGAAUGUUGAUAUUAAAAAUUUGUUAUUUAUUUUUAUAUAAAAUUCAAUUUCA